AUGAGCAGUGCUACCUGGCGCAACGUCUUCACGUACAACAAGUACACCCAGAUUGCGGCACGCGCCCUCCGUGCUUCGCUCAAAGAGGAGCAACGUGUCAUUGCUGAGAAGCGUGGCUUGACAAUCCUCCGCUACCAGCACUGGGAGAACGGCCAGGGUGGCCCUCAGGUGCGUGGUCUUCGAUAA